CAACCAAAUCAUGGAUAUAGGAGGAUCCAAGAUGAACGCUGCUCAGUCACGUGUCAAUGCUAUACAGUCGCAGAUAGACCAAGUUGUAGGUCAGAUCACAAAGGCCAGUGUAGGUGUCAAAACCUCAGAAAGGAACUUGAAGAAAGCUGAGGAUAAGUUGGCCAGUUUGUAUGACGAGAUAGAAGAGAAUAAAGAGGAUGUGAAAAACCUGGAGGCUAAACUUGGAGAACUGGAGGUUGAGGCAACCAAAGUUAUGGAGGCAUACCAGGAAUCACAGGACACAAUGCGUGAAGCAGUAAAAGCCCUAGAUGAGGUAAACAAAGAACUGGCAGAGUUGGAAGAGGAAGAGAACAAGAUACAGAAAGAAGUUGUAGAUGUGAAAGCAGAUCUGGACAGGUGUCAAAAUCUAAUGAAAGAAAACCAGGCUAAACUCAAACAUUGGAAGAAAGAGCUGUCACAUUUAACACUGACACCUAUAGACAGGCAGGAGGUUGAAGAGUUACAGACAUUAUCAGAGGAGGAUUUAGAUGGCAUUAAAGUAGAUGAGUUAAAGUUUCAAAUCACAACGCAGGAAGAAAAACUCCAACAUAUGAAGCCCAACAUGGCUGCCAUUGCUGAAUAUAGAAAGAAGGAAGAAUUAUACCUUCAACGUGUGGCCGAGCUAGAUCAGAUCACAGAGUUUCGUGACAAGCAGCGUAAAUACCAUGAGGAUCUACGUAAACAGAGGCUUGAUGAGUUUAUGUCGGGUUUCAGCGUGAUAACAUAUAAACUGAAGGAAAUGUACCAGAUGAUCACUCUAGGAGGAGAUGCCGAACUUGAACUUGUCGACUCACUCGAUCCAUUCUCUGAAGGAAUUGUAUUCAGUGUGCGUCCACCAAAGAAGUCAUGGAAGAAUAUAUCAAACUUGUCAGGUGGCGAGAAAACCCUCAGUUCUCUUGCACUAGUAUUUGCUCUACAUCAUUUUAAACCUACACCUCUAUAUGUGAUGGACGAGAUAGAUGCCGCCCUUGACUUUAAGAAUGUCUCUAUUGUGGCUAACUACAUAAAGGAGAGGACAAAGAAUGCUCAGUUCAUCAUUAUAUCUCUACGUAACAAUAUGUUUGAGCUGGCAGACAGAUUAGUGGGUAUUUAUAAGACUGACAAUUGUACAAAAUCGGUGACAAUAAACCCAAAUAAACUAGCAAUACCUCUUCAAGAAGUGGACACAAAUGCUGCAUAAAUCAGGGAAUGAACUUUGACACUGCAUUAAGCAAGAUGUGGACCUGGACACUGCAUAAAUCAACACAUGAGUCUGACCUAAACUUUGUUCUACACAAUUUGGACCUGAACUCUGCAUAGGGAAUUAAAAAUAUUGUACCAUCGUAGUUUGUAGAUAAUAAACAUUGUAUUUGUAAUAUUAUCAAAGUUCAAUAUAAUGGUUAUUGUGAUUUACAAAUGUAUAGUGUGUACAGAAUCUUUUAAAAUAUGAAGUGAGACAGUUGAGAAAUUGCCAAACAAGACCAAAUUAUACUUGCUGUUGAUAUUAAGAGACAUUCAAAUGUCAAACUUUCUUUUGUAUUGAAUCUGAAGAUUUGCCUUUUUAAAUGAAACUAUUCACAUGAAGUGAUUUUGCUGACAGAAAUUUAGAAAGCCUUUAAUAUGUAAUAUCUAACACAGACACUUGGGGUGUGGAGCUAAAAACGCCUUUAAAAUCCAAAUAAAAUGUAUAUUUGUCAAUUCCAGCACAUGUGCUGGGCUUUGAAGAUGAGAACCAGUCAGCUAUAGGCGGAGCCAUUCGGUAAUAUGUUGGUUCCCAUAACUCAAAGCAUGGCGUAUUUGUAUACCACAAAGCUGGGGAGCCACGUUUGAAUCUGUCGAAAGAUUUUAUAAAUGGAGUAAAAUGGCGAUAAUCUUGAUGUUUAUUCCGCCUCUUGCGUUGUUUAUAUUGAUGUUGAAGUUUAAAAUUGACCAUCAUUGUGGAGAAUUAUGUCUUCUGUGACGAUGGACCAUGGAUUAUGUGAAAAUAUUGGAAAUGGAGUAAAAUACAUGGUGAUAAUAACGGUAGCUGUGCAGAUUUUUUCUGGCGAACAUUUUUAUCUUUUGUAUUAUUGUAGACAUUGAAUUUUUUUUUCAAAACGGCUUAUAUUUAGUUUUUUGUAUAUAUAUGAUCAGUACAUGUGCUGGGAUUGACAAAUAUACAUUUUAUUUGGAUUUUAAAGGCGUUUUUAGCUGUCUGUGAAAGCUAAUAUUGUGUGUAUCUGUUAACAAAUUUGUAUGUAUUGAAUUAUUGUAGCAUCAGCUUAUUUUGCAUGUCUCUAAUUUUGGAAAUUCAAUUUUUUCUAGUUAAAAGAUUAAAUGUUUGAAAUUCAAAACAAAGUUACAAAUCUAUUUUUUUUUGUGAUUUUGAGGGUACUUUACAUAAUAUAUGUUAGGUUUUUAAUGUGGUUGCGUUUUAGUUGCACCAACUUUGUAAAGAUCAUUAUCAUGGCAACUUUUCAGCUGGUUAUCUAUUUGUUGCCAAUUGAUUAUAAAAAGUUAAACUCCUUUAGUAAAUGGUAUGUCUAACUUACUCAAAUAGAAUUACAAUACAACCAUAAGGCAACAAUUUGGAUGGAAUUUCAUGGAUGAAAUAGAAUGUCAAAUAAUGUUGUACAUAUGAUACAGAUCUUUUGUUUCAUGAUUGAUUAUGUUAUAGAACUUUAACUACAGCGCAGUUUAUUAGAUCAGAUGUUCUCAAUCUUGAAUUUACUGGGUUCGUACAAAUAACCUUUUGAUUUCUUUUCACGUACAUGUAUAUAAAUCAGUGUGUAUAUAAUUAUUUAAUCAUGAGUGUGGCCUUCUUUUCUUAAUAUCUGACUGGCUAACUUAUUCUAUAAACCUCUUUUCUCUGACUUUUUUCCUUCUUUAUUGACUUCUGUGUAGAAAUGUAUUCAAAUAACUAAAACUUGAUCUUGAAGUUUUGUUUAUUGCACAUGCUCUGAUUUUUUAUUCUUUGGCAUAAAGGUUGUACAUAGUUUUUCCAUAUAUAUUUGAGUAUCCACAAAGUGUGUUCAUUUUGAAGAAGUUCAUAAGUGCCAGUGCAUUGUGUUUAUAUGUAAUAUUUCCUAAGGGUUUUAUGAAAAACAGUGUGGUAUUUAUAGUUCUACAAUCAGUAUAAGUUUACUUCAUAAAUAUAUAGCAAAGGUUUUGUUAAAUUCAGAGCUGAUGUAUAAGAUGUAGCAUCAGUUCCGUGGUACUGUCAAAAAAUGCAUUUUUUUCAUACCUACAGCUUGGUUUAUAGAUUUUACAUAAAUUUAUUUAUACUGACCCUUAUUACUUAUCAAAAUCGUCAUUGAUAAGAUUUUCAGGAUAUGUUUCUAGUUGUGGCCACAGUGGUCAAAUGGUUAAUGUUGCAGGUUUUACUACAGUAUAUAUCUCAUUCUGGCAAGAUGGCAUUCAUUUCUUUGCUUUGCAUUUGGCUUCAGGGAAUGAAAUCUUCCAUUGUGGUUAAGACAUCCAAUUCACUAUGGAUUAUGAUUUCUGUUGCAAGGCGUUGUAGUAAGAUAAUUGAUGAACUCUCAUGCAUUAUUUCAUGCUCGAAUGGGCAGUGUUGGAAUGACAGAUGAUUUGUUAAAUUGUUGUACACUUUUCUUGGAUG